AUGUCCUCUGGAGGCAGUUUUGCCGCAGCUCAACAACGUAUACAAGCUCGGCAAGAAGCACGUCGGCAGGAAGCGACAGCAGCGCAUCAAGUGCAACAGAGGCUCGCCAACGACUCAGCCCUCGGCCGUCUUCCGUUUCCUCUCAAUCGCACUGCCGAACCUCUUACCUCGUUAUGGACCGUUCUUGUUGACAGUCGAGGCACUCAACCUACUGUUCGGGUUGGUCAGGUGGAUGCUGAACUCCUCGACGAAGAGCUCCUUACUCUACUCAAGUCACAGAUCGCCGAUGCGCUCAAAUACUUCAAUCCCCAUUUACAAGAUGACUAUGCGCACGAAACCUUACUCGUGUUGAGGGCGAUAUUGUUCAAGUUGAGCAUAUGGGACAAUGACGCCUCUUAUGGUGCCUCGUUGCAGGGUUUACGCUAUACAGACGCCCGCAAGAUAACGUCUACUGGUACACUUGCUAAACCUUCGCGAGCGCAGAAGAGUCUUCAUGGUCUCAUAACAGUGCUAGGUCGGUAUGCUUGGGACAAAUACAACGACUAUUUGGUCGAGGCUGAGUCCUCAUACACCGGACCAAGCCCUCUUGUCCAGCGCUUGAGCCGCAUAUCCUCUCAACUCAGCACAAUCCACAAUAUUGCAGCAUUCACCUCCUUCCUCGUCUUCCUCAUCAACGGCCGUUACCGAACUCUUGUAGAUCGUCUACUACGAUUACGUCUAGUCACGCCAAAUAGCCAGACACACCGAGAAGUUAGCUUUGAGUACCUCAAUCGCCAACUAGUUUGGCACGCUUUCACCGAAUUCCUCCUUUUCCUGCUUCCCCUCGUCGGCAUAACGCGCUGGCGACGCAUGUUGUCGCGCGCCUGGCGGAAAUUUAAGACAUCAGUCACAUCUGAUCCGGAUAGCCCUCAUGAUCACGCGGAAAAGGAGAAGCACGGCCCGCUUGCCUUCCUACCAGAGCGCACCUGUGCCAUCUGCUACGCUGAGCAGAAUCCUGGCACAACCUCCGAAGCAGAAGUCCUGGGCGCUAAUGUUGGCGCAGGUGGUGGCAUUAUCGGCAGUGUGCAGACAGAUAUUGUGAAUCCUUACGAGACGAUGCCCUCCACUAAGAUCGAAGGCGAAGAAGGAUCUGGCUGGUCUUGUCUGAGAUGUGGUGAGACUGUGACCAGAUGUCGGCCUUGGAGAGGAGAUGUGCUCAUUGAGCCUGCGAAGAAUAAAGACGGAGCAGGAAGAAAGACAGUAGGUUUUGCUGAAGAAGAUGUGAGUGAUGGACGUGACGAUGAAGCUGAGGAAACUUCACAUGACGCUGACGGCGUCCAAGAAGCUGAUACAAAUGAUGCUCUGGAGUCGGAAUUAGGCACAAGCCAGUGGCAAGAGGUAGCCAGAUGA